UACCAUUUAUGUAAAGUCACCACUAAUGUUUUCUCCUGACCUCAAGCGGUAGCUGCGCCUUUAAGUCUUCACUCAGGGAAGCAAAAACACAAGCUCAACCUUUUGUUUCGUCAUAAAGACGCGACAGGCCUCUGAGUGCAAAUCUGAAAUGGCUCCCACCGCCUCCCCGCGUCGUUGUUUGUCUGCAGGCGGAUGUUGAGGAGCGGAGUGUCGCAUCUUCUGUUUUUUUUUUCUCUCUGCAGCGUCUGGCUCACAGCUCGGUAAACAGAUGUAACCGGAUCAAUUCAUGCUCUCACACAUUUCAGCUACAGGGACCUGCGCAGUUUAAAGCCUUCAAACAUCAGAACAGCGGAUAAAUCGCAGCCAAUGACAUCCAGGAGGACAGGGUACGCAGCUAGCAUGGACACCUCUGCAGCUAGCGCGGGGAGCCGCAAGCAGAGCAUCAUCAACAUCCCCGACAGGAUGGAGCCCUGCUACGACCGCAAAGCGGACACCAAGGGCGGGUACGGAGCCUCUCAGGGCGGCGGCGGCGUGACGGUAACUUCGCUGAAAUCCCGCCUGGCCCCGACGAUCCAGACCGCCAUGUCCGCCGCCGUGGACACGCUGCUGGGAGAGGUGGUGGUCGUGCUGAACGAGACCCAGCAGGAGCUGCUGCACAAGGAGCAGGAGAACCAGAGGCUCAAGGUGCGGCUGGAGGUCUCUGAGAGGGAGCUGAAGACCCUGCAGGAGUGUCUGUGCAGCGCCCAGAAGCUCAUAGACCAGCUGCAGGUCUCCUACACGGGCCCCCAGCAGAUCGGCCAGUCGGUGUUUGGCCCCUCACUCUCUUCCAUGGCUUCUCUGACCCCAGGCUUGGACCGAGACCACCAGAACCCCAGGAACGUGAACGGAGCAGGCGUGGAUCUGGGCGGCUCCGUGGAUGAAUCUCUUCAUGGCUUCGAGCCGAGAGAUGAAUACAAAAUGUGCCAGCUUUCGAUCCAGCCAGACGGCUCCGUGACGAACCACACUCUGGACUCGUUUUCCUCCAGCUCCUCACACAUGUGCUCAGACACCAGAGGAGCGGAUGACCGGCAGCCUCAGGGUCCCAGUGGAGGACCCAGAUUUGAGAUCAAAGAGGAGCAGGGGCCACCGUCAGGUUCUGGUCAGCCCAACAGGAAGGACAGCCAGGUUGGGGACGGAGACGGCUCGUCCCUGAAUGUGGSGGACAUUGCUUACGGUCAGGUUGGAGGUGAAGGAGGAACUCCGCGUUCUUUCUCCAACCCGCUACGUCACCAAAGACUCAUGCGUGAGUGUGGCGGUGCCUUGCAGCAGCAGGGAAGUCUUGAUGGACAGAAACCUUUGUCAAGGACUUUUGGAGCAAGCAGAGGUGACACCGUCUCACCGGGCCGAGCCGAGGAGCCCGCGGGGCCGUCGGCCCCCGACACCUCCGGGGAGCCCUCGGCGGACCGGCCUCACCACUGCUUGGAGUGCGGCAAGACCUUCCGUCUGAUCUCCAGCCUGAAGAAGCACAUCCGCAUCCACACGGGCGAGAAGCCGUACCCGUGCGCGGUGUGCGGCCGCCGCUUCCGUGAGUCCGGGGCGCUCAAAACGCACCUGCGCAUUCACACCGGCGAGAAGCCCUACUCGUGCUCCGAAUGCGGCAACUGCUUCCGCCACCUGGACGGUCUGCGCAAGCACCGGCGCACGCACACGGGCGAGAAGCCCUACGUGUGCGCCAUCUGCGGGAAGCGCCUGAGUCGCCUGCAGCACCUCAAACACCACCAGCUCAUCCACACCGGGGAGAGGCCCUGCUGCUGCCCCUUCUGCAACCGCACCUUCAAGGAGCCCGCGGCGCUGCGCAAGCACGUSCGGACGCACCGCGACGAGGGCGGCCACAUGGGCAUCGGCCCCAGCGAGGAGACGGACCCGGACGCCAUGGACGACAUCAACAACCUCCAUCCCGCAGCUCCCUCUCCUCAGAUGCGGUUCGGGGAGUGGGGGRCGGAGGAGGAGGACGGCUCGGUGGCAGACUGUGUUUAGGGAAGAGCGGRGAAGUGGUGACUUUAGAAAUACAAAUGAAGCACGGCAGACAACACCAACGCAUUUCUGUUCCAGACUACCACUUUAACAAACUAAAAUKUCAUUUUUAUGUAUUUUAUUUUAAAAKGUCAACUUUUCCAAAGCCUUCKGUUUGAGUAGUUGAAGCAAAGUUGUUGUUUCUACACACAAAUACUCUAAAAAUGUUCCUGUUAGCAGAAAUGGAACCACCAGAUGGGUUCACGGAGGAGACRAAACACCAUUAAUCAACUUUAGAUGUCACCUUUAAAAGUAAUCAGCUUUUACAAAACUGCAUGUCUUCAACAAAAUCAAAUUUAGAAAUGUUGGAACUGACGUGAAUUAACUUCGAGAUUCACUUGAAGGUCAAAAGAGAACUAGAGGUCGACUGUGUCAUAUUUYACCCACAUAUUUAUAUUGGUUUUAAGGAAAUGAUGGAGUUUCAAAUAUGCUUAUAGGUCAAAUGUUUGCUUACUCUUAWCAUGGGCAUGACAUUAAUUAUUAUUUUUUUGCCUCUUUAUCUAUUCUCAAAAUAUUAAAAGGAAUCUUUUUCCCACUGAAACAUCCCACCAUUUAUUGAUUUAAUUAUAAUCAGGAGGUAGAACUCAUUAUUAGUACUGGAUAAUAAAUCAAUAACAAUAUAUGUUACAAUAGGCAUGUGAUCAAAAUCAAUAGAUAAGUCUGCCAGAUGUUAAAUAAUUUCACUGCACUGCAUUCUGGGGGAUGUAGGCAGAGGAAAGGCUUUAACUUCUCCACCUCUCAUGGAUAUUUGUGGGAUCAACAACUCACUCGCUCACUCUUUGGUUACCUAGCAACUCACUCAUUCUUUGGUUGCCAAGCAACGGACAGCAGCAGUUUCAAGUUUUGUGCCUCAGAACUGCUUAAAAAUACCCCAAAAAAACAACAACGAAAAAAACCAGAGUGAUGGGAGAACAUGAGUACAACAGCUUGAGUGGAAAUUAUGGAUAAAACAGGAAAGGAUUUAUCACUAGCUUCACUUUUUCAGUGCUGACAGAAAAACUGCUGCUCAUCAUGAUGCAGUCGUUUGUUCUGGUGUUUUAAUGUCUGAAACAAUCUCAUCCUUGACUCCUCCACACAUUUGUGUAACGGUGUACAGAUAUUUGUCUCAUUUUACCAUUAAAACUGUUUCUCCAGGAACUGUUCCAGCAGUUUCCAGGUCAUGGCAGCGUGGUGCUUCUGGAACAUCCCAUUCAAUCGGCGAUGGUUAAAACUCGGACAUAAUUUGGCGUUUCAGCAGGUCGAGGACUCUAAACGCAUCCAGUCUGGGUUUAGAUUGUGUGUGUAUGUGUGUGUGUGUGUGUGUGUGUGUGUGUCUCUGUGAAACAUAUCUUUCUCCAGUCUGUAGCCAUCCACCUGAGAGAUUUCUCCACUUUUUGCUUUUGAAUCACCGUUUGGGGUUAUUGAACAUAUCUUAGUAUUUAAGGAAUAUAAACUGAGACAAUAUGAAAAGGUAAGGAUUUACAAUCCAUAUCCAUGUUACAGAUGAGCCUGAAACUCAUCUGUAACAUGGAUUUUUAACAACUAAUGAAUCGAAACAAUAGAGAAGAACAGACACCAGCACACGCCCAUAACCAGUUUGAACCCAUUGUUUUAACCGUCUUUAUAGAACCGGCUUUCUGUUCUAGGAUUCGUUUCAGUCMUCAGCUGGUUCCUCACCACCUCACACCUGUUCUAARUGUUUCUGUAUAUAGAUAAAGUGAGCUUCGUUUGGUUUUAACUGGGUCUCUUUUUGUAGAUAAACGUUCUCGUGCAACAAUGAUGUAAAACUGUAACGUGAUUUAUGAUUUUAGGACGUCGACAURCGAUGUAAAUACUUGACCUCUGAGCGUUUUCAUAAAGGCUGUUGGGGCWCUGAGUUUUGAGCUACACGUUGGUGUUAUUUGACAUAUAUACCAAUAUAAUCUCCAACUAUAUAUAACRGUAUGGUUACUCUCAAAGUCAGUAAAACAUAUUAGAUGAUGUGUAUCCAAGACUUCACAGGCUAAAGUUGUCUUUGCCCCAGAUAAUCAAUUUUAUUUGACCCUCCAGAAUGACCUUUGCAUGUAGGUUWAAGAAUGACAUUGCUCUUAAAACGUCAGUGCUACAUAUGAAAUGAGUGAAGUUUUAUAUGCUUUUGUGAACAACAAUAAAUAAAAUCACUUUCAGCCUUUUUAGGUUCUGUAAAUAUGAUUAUAUUAAAGGACUGUGUUUCUA